AUGCCUCUCGCCUAUUCCUUCCCCGGAGUGGCCCUCGUCACCGGUGCUGGCGGCACAGGCAUCGGUGCUGCCACCGCUCGAGCGUUCGCCCAGGCAGGAUGUCCCAAAAUUGCAAUCACAGAUCUCAACCCCGACUCUCUCGACCAAACCCUAAAAUCAAUCCUCAGGGUACACCCCAACACCCAGCUCCUGGCUCAAGCAGGAAAUGUCGCCGACGAACAAUUCGUCGAGUCCUUCAUUCACAACGUCGUCGAGACAUUUGGUCGCAUCGACUACGCAGUCAACUGCGCCGGGAUCCUUGGAGAAGCCCAGCGAUCCACAGAGACAACCACAGAAAUCUUCGACCACAUCAACAACGUCAACUACCGAGGGACCUUCCUAUGCUCUCGAGCCGAGUUGAAACAGAUGCUGAAGCAAGAGCCCCUGCCUAGCCACGACUCCGAACGUGCACCCCAACGAGGAUCCGUAGUCAACGUUGCCAGUCAAUUGGGAAUUGUGGGACGUCCUAGCGCUCCCGCAUACUGUGCCUCCAAAGCUGCCAUCAUUGCCAUGACUCGAUCCGAUGCCAUAGAUUACUCCAAGGACGAUAUUCGAGUGAAUUGCGUCUGUCCCGGGGUGAUCGAGACGCCUAUGACCACGUACAGCGAGGAGGUUCGAGAGCGAUUAAAGCCUGCCGUGGAUAUUGCCCCGAUGAAGAGAAUGGGAAAGCCGACGGAGGUUGCGGAUACAAUCCUGUUCCUCUGUUCUACUUUUGCAUCCUUUGUGCAGGGUCAUGCGCUUGUUGUCGAUGGAGGGUAUGUCAUCAAUUAAGGAAGUACAUGAUGUAACGAAAUUCUCUUUACGUUCUGCAUAGCUUUUCAGGUUUCCAAAAUGUCCAUAAUUUAGUCUUUCCAUUUGAGUU